CACACAAAUCGUGCGCCGCAGCGUCGCGCCCGGAAAAAAGCGCUUAUCCCCCGCCCCUCUCCACCCCGCUCCGCGGCCAUGGCGAUGGCGGCGCGAACCCUCGCCCUCGCAUUCCCCCUCCCCCUCUGCGCCGUCUCCUCCCCGCGCCGCGCCACCCCACUCGCCUUGCCCCGCCGCGGGGCGGCACGACCGCUGGCCUCGCUAGCCCAGUGCCCCGCGCGUGGCCACUCCCCCUCGCCGCGGCGAGCAGCGGGGCGGGCCCUUGCGCCGUGCGCGGCCAUGCGUGGCAGCGGCGGCGGUGGCGGUGGCGGAGAGUUUGCCUCGGACGAUGGCGGCGGGGCGCGCGCGCUGCUUCGGGCGACGCUGUGGGGCGCCGAGGCCGCCUACAUCCUCUGGCUCUUCCUCCUACCAUACGCUCCGGGUGACCCGGUGUGGGGUAUCUCGCAAGCAACGAUCAGUGACCUCAUUGGCUUGUCGCUCAAUUUCUUCUUAAUCCUGCCAUUGCUCAAUUCUGCUGGAGUUCACCUGCUCGAAUCCCCGGUGUUGCACCCAGUGGCUGAAGGAUUGUUCAAUUUUGUGAUCGCUUGGACACUGCUCUUUGCGCCGCUUCUCUUCACGGAUUCUAGGAGGGAUCGGUUCAAGGGAUCACUCGACCUACUGUGGGGUUUUCAGAUGUUCCUCACAAACACUUUCCUGAUACCUUACAUGGCAAUCCGACUCAAUGAUCCUGACAAGGACAAGUCUCCACCACAAACAUCAAAAUUGGGUUCAGUUAUGGUAAGAGGUGCUCCAAUUGUCGGCCUAACUGGUGGCUUGGUCUGUAUUUUGUCGAUUGCUUGGGCACUCUUUGGUCGCGCGGAUGCUAGUUUUGGGGGCAUUGCUGAACGCUGGCAGUAUGUCCAAAGUUAUGUCUUUUCAGAGCGGCUUGCUUAUGCAUUUCUUUGGGACAUACUGCUGUAUUCCAUAUUCCAGCCAUGGUUGAUCGCGGACAAUAUUCAGAACGUGAAGGCAAGUGCUACUGAGUUUGUGAAUUCAGUAAGGUUUCUUCCUGUUAUUGGUCUUGUUGCCUACCUGUUCUGCUUAGAGGACAGAGAUGAUUAGCUGCUGACAUGUCAUAAUUUCUGUGGCCAAGUAUGGAGAGAUUUAUGUUAAAUGAAUUCUUCACUUGGUGGCACA